GCCUUGAUUACCAUCUGAACACAUGUUGUGGAAGCCCAGCUUAUGCAGCACCAGAGCUGAUUCAGGGCAAAGCAUAUAUUGGUUCAGAGGCAGAUAUUUGGAGCAUGGGAGUACUGCUGUAUGCUCUACUGUGUGGCUUUCUCCCCUUUGAUGACGACAAUGUCAUGGCUGUCUACAGGAAGAUAAUGGGAGGAAAAUACAGUAUUCCAAAGUGGCUCUCUCCUAGAAGUACGCUGCUACUUAACCAAAUGCUGCAGGUGGACUCAAAGAAGCGGAUUACAGUUAAACAUCUAUUAAGUCAUCCUUGGCUCAUGCAAGGUUAUUCUGAUGCUGUUCAGUGGCAAAGUAAAUACCCGCUGGGACAUCUUGAUGAAGACUGCAUAACAGAGCUUUCUGUGUUUCAUAAACAGAGCAAGGAGAGUAUGAUGGAAUUAAUAUCAGAGUGGAAAUAUGACCAAAUGUCAGCAACAUAUCUCUUGCUUCAAUCCAAGAAGGCUCGGGGCAAGUGUGUUCACUUAAGGGCUCCACGUCUAACAGGGCAUGCCAGUACAACACAAUCAGCAGGCCUCGAGUCUGAAAAAACUGUGACGUAUGAAGACUGCAGUGAAGUGCUGCAUACAUUUGGAUCCAUGGAAUUUUCUGAUGCAGCUUCACUGUUUGAAGAAUCUCCGUUAGAAGAACUUAUUCUAAAUACUCACAGAACAAAGCAGCAUUCAAGGCAUGAUGCUCAACUGGAUGAUACGGAAUUCACGCUGUCAAUUCCAGUGACAAGAAAAGUGGCAUCAAAGAAGCAUGAAAACAAAGAGAAUGUUGAUACAGAGUCAGCUUUAAGAAAUGAAAUGCCCUUUGCGCUUCCUGCUCCAAAGACUCCUUUUGCGAAGAGUCAGAUUGAGACGCAAGUACAAACCAUACCCUUUCAGGCACCUGCCUUCAAAGAGAGCCAGUUCACUACAGUGACCCCAAUUAAGAAACCCACAAACCCAACAAAUACAGAUGAAUUGACAUCAGCUGAGGUUCUUCCUGAAAGAAGGUGUCACUCAGUGGAAUUAGAUCUCAACCUAGCUCAUGUGGAUAGCAGCCAAAAGAAGAGAAAAGCCAAAAUAUUCGGAAGCCUUGAAAGAGGCCUAGAUAAAGUGAUCACAAUGCUUACGCCAAGCAAAAAGAAACGAUCCACUAGAGAUGGUCCAAGGAAACUUAAGGCACACUGUAAUGUUACCACCACUCAGCUACUGAAUCCAGACCAACUGUUGAAUGAAAUAAUCACUGUUCUUUCAAAGAAGCAUGUGGAAUAUGUUCAGAAGGGUUAUAUCCUGAAAUGUCAAACGCGAUCAGAUUUUGGCAAAGUAACUAUGGAGUUUGAGUUAGAAGUGUGUAAACUCAGUAAAUCCGAAGUAGUGGGUAUCCGGCGACAACGGCUUAAAGGUGAUGCCUGGGUCUACAAGAGACUGAUGGAAGACAUCUUAUCUAGCUGCCGAGUGUGACUGGUUGAUGCAUGUGCUGAGAAAGCAGCAGUUUUGUACUGAGGCUUUAAUCAUAAUGUUUUAGAAAGGUCUGUUCAGAAAAGUAAUUCUUUGUCACGUUCACAGCUGUAUUUGAAAAAUCUAUCAUCUUUCUUGGGUUUUUAACCAUCCCUCUUUGUAUAUGUGCCUUCUGUAUGUUUCCUUUAAUAUCCAGUUUGUAAUAAAUGUUCUGCAACUGCAACUCUUCUGAAAUAAAAUUCUGUGAGCUCUU